AACUUCUAGAAAUUUUGUAUAUGUCACUUUUAGCAGAACCUUGUGUCAUAGAAUUGAGUUGUGGUAUAGAUAAGUAAAGAGACAUUUAUUUUUUAGGUUGUUUUUAGAGUUAAAGGAUGGCUGAAGACAAGGUUUUGAAUUGGGGUAUAUGUGGUGCCGGAAAAAUCAGCAAUGAUUUCUGUUCUGCAAUGAUGACAUUGAGCAGAUAUGAAAGGGAACAUAAGAUAACUGCUAUUGCUGCCAGGUCCCAAGAAAAAGCCCAAAAGUUUGCAGAUAUAUUUGAAGCACCAAAAGCUUAUGGUUCUUAUAAAGAUGUAGCUAAUGACCCAGAUAUUGAAAUUGUCUACAUUGGAGUGAUACAUACAGAGCAUGUCAGAUUGAGUAUGAUGAUGUUAGAGGCUGGAAAACAUGUGGUAUGUGAGAAACCAUUGGCACCAACCUGGCAAGAAUGUAAAAAAGUCCUAGAUUAUGCAAAAGAGAAAAAAUUACUGUUUCUUGAGGCAGCUUGGAGUAGAUUUUUCCCAGUCUAUGAUGCAAUCAAGGAAGAAGUAAAUUCUGGGAAUCUAGGAGACAUUUCCAUGGUAACCACACAAUUCUGUAUUCCUAUAAUGUCAGUAGAACGUUUAUGCAGGAAGGAUUUAAUGGGUGGUGUACUACUAGAUAUAGGAAUCUACUGUGUACAGUUUGCAUGUCAUGUAUAUGGAGAGAUGCCAGAAAAGAUUAUUGCAACUGGUAGCCUAAAUGAGGAAGGUGUGGAUGAAGAUGGGUGUGUUAUAUUAUUAUACAGUGGUAAUAGGAAAGCUAGUUUGGUAUACAGUGGUAAAACUGCCUCUGGAAACAAUACAGCUACCAUAAUGGGAUCAAAAGGUCAAAUAUUUAUUGAUGACUGUUUCUGGUGUCCAAAGUCUGUAAAGCUGACAGAUUCAACAUUAGAAAAUAAAAUACCUGAAGGUCCCUCACCAUAUAACUUUAUGAACAGUGGUGGACUACGAUAUGAAGCUGACCAUGCAUUUAAAUUAAUCAGAAGUGGUCAACUAGAUAGUCCUAAGUAUGGAUACAAAGAUGUUGAGAUGAUUCACAAGAUAAUUGAUGAAAUAUCCAAGCAGAUUGGAUUGAAAUAUUAAAGAGAUCUUAAGGAUUUGAUAGAGUCAACAAAUGGAAUGGGAAAUGUUUGGUCGUUCAAUAGAAAACUAGGGUUUUGGUUAGAAAAUAUGAUACAGCUAUAUUUGCUUGAAAAAAUAAAUUAGAUUGUCAAUCAAUAUUCAAGUGUUUUCAUGGAGAUUGAAUGAACCAAACUUUGGGUAUUUCUAGAAUUGUUUUUUUAAUGGUGAACAGUUCAAACAAAAUUGUAACAAAAUUUAUGACUCAGAAUAGGUUCAGUCUUCAAUGAAAGUAAAUUUUACAAUUUAUUGUCUCUCUGUCAAAAGUAGAAUUACUAGUUGUGGGUAAAUAGAAAAUAUUACAGAUUUUAUAUAAUGUGGUUUAUAAUAAAAACCAUUGAAGAGCUAUUAGUUUCUGAAUGGAAAAUAAUCAUCUAAUGUAUAAAGGUUGUUCAAUAACUAUUUGAUCUCAUUAAAGUUAAUUUAAAUGUUGGUCUGCAUAUUUUAUAACAAUUUUCACUAGUAUAAUUCCAGAGUUAUGGAACUUUAAUUUUCAUGUAUCAUGCAAUAAAACAGGAAUGCCUUGAGCAAUUUAUUUCAAACUUUUUCAAUUAAUUUGCAUUGUUCAUUUGGUCUAUAUUUUUUUGAUAUUUUUUUGUUUUUCAAAUUCUUCUCAAUACUUUUUAUAAAGAUUGCUUGGGAAAGCAGUGUCAUGCAUUAUACGAGGUUCACCAGUUAACAUCAUGAUAUUUUAUAAUUAUUUUAUUUGCCACACAAUUAAUGUUGAUUAUUGUUUGUAAUUUCAAUUACUUUUUCUAGAACGCUUUUUAGAACUCUAGAUUAGGAGUAAUAUCCAAGUAUUCCAUUUUGUUAUAAUUAUAUUGUAAUUGCAUGGAAAAGAAAGAUACCUUUUAAAACAUUAUACUGUUGAAGGUUAACUCUUUUUUAGAAAAGGUUUGAUAUAUUUCAAAUCUGUUUCUAUACCUAUAUACACAUUUCCUAAACCAAAUUCAUCUUGAAUCUUAAAUUAUAUUUAUGAAAAUAUUGUGAGUAAUGCCUCACAUCUUACAACCAAUACAUAAGCAGAGAAUAGACAUGGCCUACAUAAUGUUUUUGAAUAUCUUUAUGUUUGUGUCUGUCAAAUUUAACCUAUUUUUCUAUAUCUUUACAUAUAAAAGUGUGCCAUAUUUAUUUUGUGGGAUAAAGAUGAGUUGUUUCUUUGUUUUGUUUGUUAGUGAUUUUAUAUAUUUUUUUUUAUAUAUACAAUUGUAAAAUUUGAAGCUUACAUUUAUUGUAUGCACAUGCUAAACUGUUGGACAUGUUAGUCCAUAUUAUGCAGGGUUUGUUGUUAAGGAAUUGAUAUAUUCCAACCUCAAUUACUGCUCUUUUUGACAUUUUUUAUUGUUUAAGAUCUCUUAGAUUCCAUUACAGUUCAGUUUGACAUUAAAUGUGCUUAAUUCAAAAGGCUGAACUUUUCUGAAUACAAAAAUAUGUUUUAGAUUAGAGAAGAGAGCUCACAAGGACUUUAAAGUUAAAUGUCAAGUUUUCUGUUUGUUUAAAAAAAUUCAUUUGACAAAUUUAUCAUGAAGAAAUUUACGCUUUUUUAUACUGCAGAACAGACAGAUAUAUUUGUUUCUAAAUGUCUCAUUUGUUUUAUAAAGAUAGUGGUAGGUCAUUGCAGAAGUUGUGUGAUGGAAAUAUAUGAAGUCUUAUUAUUAAGAUUAGAAACGUUUAUCUAUUUAGUUUAAUAUGCAUUUUGAUCCAUAAUAUGUUGUAUCAGCCUUUGAAUUAAGCACAUCUACAAUUUGUUUCUUAAACUUUAUAAAAGAUUGUUUGACAUCUAUAUUUUGAUACACAUUUAUACAUAUUUGAAUCCAUAUGCAUUAUAUUGCCUCCCUAUAACAAAAAUAUUUUUUCGGUAUUUGCCCAGGGUGUGUCUGAUGAGUACUAAGCUUUUUAUAUUCUAGUCAAUUAAUAUAUUUCUUUUUAAGCAGUGACAACCAUAUUGCUUUAAAAAAGCAUGCUCAAAUUUGAUGUGCUAGUUGUAGAAUUAUUAUAGUAUUAAAUGAGGUAUUUGAAUAAUUAAAAGGAGGUACAUUUAUUCGAUAAAUAGUUCUAUAGAGUAAAAAGUUGAUGAUAUUUUAAAAAAGACAAAUUCACAUACAGGUGUUGGUAAUAUGUUUUUUGAUUGUUAUGCAUGGACAUUCAGAAUGAGAAGAGCAUUUGUUUAAGAGUUUAAAAAUUGUUAUAGCAUUAGAUGUAAUCAGUAAAAAUGUUAUAAAUAUCUAGUGCUAAUUAUAUAUUUUUAUAAUUUAAAUAAUAUUCUUUAUUUUUAUACAAUUGUUG